AUCCUAAUGAAGAAGAAGAACAGACGUAAACAAUGAGUACGUCGCAGAGAUUCAUUCAAACGAGAGCAGGUCCACUGACGGUUCAACCACAGCGUCAGAAAUGCCGAUAUGGAGGUGGACUACAAGCAGAACCACAAAAAUCUCAAACGCAAAUUGAAAUUCAUGGUUUAUGAGUAGGAGUGUUUUCAGGAAGUGCUCAGAAGAUCCCAGAAGAAGCUGCUCAAAGUGUCCAGAGAUAAAAGUUGUCUGUUGGACCGAUUGUUACAGUAAGAGCGGGUGGACGAGGACUCCUCAGAUUCUGAUGCCGCAGCCUCUUCUGAGAACAAUGAAGGAGAGGGCACCAGGGAGAGAGAGAGAUGGAGGAAAGAAUAGCCCUGGCCUAGGCCUUCCUUCAUCCUCCCAUCUCUCUCUCCUCUCUCGUUCUGGAGUGAACCCUCUCGGGAGAAGUAGCCCUGGCGUAGGCCUUCCUUCAUCCUCCCAUCUCUCUCUCCUCUCUCGUUCUGGAGUGAACUCUCUCCAGUCGUCCGCCAGUACCCCCUACCUCAACACAUGUGUGUGUGUGUGUGUAUGUUUGUUUUGGAAAUUGUCACUGUGUGUGUGUGUGUGUGGUGGGAAGUUGCCCUUCCCACCAGAGUAUUUGCCUCCACCUGCUGAGAGAAGGAAGAAAGAGAGAAAGACAAAGGCGCCCAAACACAAGAAAGAGACAUCGGGGAAGGUGGUGGCCCCUUUAGCAGCCAACAACCCAACGGGCCCGACUGCCCCUCCAACAUCAAGCGCCUCGUUCAACUGGGUGCCCAGGCAGAUGCUGAGUGGAGACGCGGCGGAGGAGGAGGGAGAGAGUGACGGAGACUCAGACAGUGGAGACAACGACAGGGGGGAAGGAGAAGAGGCUGACCUUGUCAUCGAUAUCCCCAACAAGUGAAGUGUGUGUGUGUGUGUGUGUGUGUGUGUGUGUGUGUGUGUGUGUGUGUGUGUGUGUGUGUGUGUGUGUAAAGGAUUGUUUGAAAGAGUGUGUAAGACCAUAAUGUGACUCUGUGGAUUCAACCCCUCCCACUGUCAAAUGCUUAGCCAAGCUCCCCCCAGUGGACCUUCAGGUUACUGCAACAAUAUCUCUCUAAGCAAUGUGACCUGUCAUAAUAAUGUUACUAAUUGACUCCUUUAAUGUAAUUUUACUGCCUUCUACUGUUAUACAAGUCAUGGAAGAAAUGGUAUUGAAGGCAUGGACAGCUACAGGACUGCAUACAUGUAGCACCUACCUUUUUAUAGGAAACUGUCAAAUAAUGCAUUUUCUGUUGGAGAUAAUGGAGAUGUUAUGUUUUCUACCAAUGACUUUUCAAAAUUUAAUUGCAUUAAAUUAGUAACAUUUCAGAUAACUGUGAAAGUUGUUGCUGAAAACCUAAUGGACUGGUAGUAUAGUGUAGUAUGUGCUGCACAGACAUGCAGUACUGCGCUUUUACUCAAAACAAAUGUUUCUAUUGGCUGUGCCUGGAGACAAAAGCCUUUUAUGCUGUGUUCAUAACCAAAUGGGAAGGUGGUUUUUACCACUUACAACUGGGAAAAAUCCACUUGAACGCCCCUUCAACUCGUAAAAUCUAGUAGGAAACUCGUCUAUCAUCCCUGAGCUCUGACUUCUCGCACAUUCUGACGUCACCUACUAAGGAAAUUACCUCGAUAACAGCAUUUUCGGCAGUUAAAUGUAAUUUGUUUACAAGCAUUAUAACUACUUUUAGUUUAUGGUUGACACAGAUUGUUGGCCAUUAGCCAGUCAGCGUUUCUCAACGAGUUGAGAAUGCAUCCAACUGUUAUUUACGACUUGACAACUGGUAAUUAGUACCUUCCCACUUGGUUAUGAACGCAGCAUAAAGCCCAACCCAAAACUAUCACACCCAAAUGCCAUGCAGCUGUUAGUAUGGAAUGCAUCCAAACAACCUAAAGCUACAAACAAAGGAUGUAAUGAGGAAAUAAUGAGUGUCUUUGCUACAGACUAAUAACUGUGUCUGUGAAUAUAAUAAGGAACAGUGUGACACUGUCGGAAAACUAAUUAUGCACUGAUAAAGAUUUUUCUUGGUGGAAAUUACACAUGUCAAACUAUUAGCCUAAUCUCCCUCAGAUGUGCAUUGAUGUGUAGCCUAUCCCAUAAAAGGAAUUCUCCUACCAGACAGUUCUGACUGUCAGGCCCAAGGGUGCACUGAAGACUCCAUGUGAUCCCAGUCAUAACAC